GAACAUGCAAAAUUUUAUCUCUACAAAAACAAGAGAUAGAGAUUAGUGUAAUGUAAACACACACACACACACACACACACACACACACACACACACACACACACACACACACACACACACGAUGGCUUGGCUGGAAGGCGUGGGUGGAGCAGGUGUGUGGAAUGAAACUGUUGGAAUGUGGAUGAGUGGAGAUUACAUAACUAACUCCACUUCCUCCUCCUCCUCCUCCUCCUCCUCCUCCUCCUCCUCCUCCUCCACCUUUCCAUCUCCAUUACCUACUCUUCUCCACUUGGCUCUCACGGCUACCUCCUCCUCCUCCCCUUCCUCCUCCUCCUCCUCCUUCAUCUCCUCCUCCUCCUCCUCCUCCUCCUUCUCCACUACAGAGGAUUCAAGCUUCUCCACUAUCUAUAUGGAUGAGUCUACAUAUUUCUCGUGUGACAAAGACCCAAGAUUGACAACAAACUUCUCUCAAUAUGAAUACGAGGGAAGAACCACGACUUGGGUGCCAAUUAACACGAAGGUGGUGAUCAAGCUGCUCGCCUACAUCAUCACCUUCUUAGUAUCGAUCGUGGGGAACCUGCUGGUGAUCCUGGUGGUGAGGUACAACAGGACUAUGAGAAGCUCCACCAAUCAGUACCUGGUGAACCUGGCAGUGGCUGAUCUCCUGGUGACCCUCGUGUGCAAACUGGUGCAUCUUAUUAGACACCUCUCCUACCCUCACUACAUCUUGCCAGCGCUCGUGUGUAAACUGGAUGGCUUCGUGCAGGGCACAGCACUAGCGGCGAGCGUGUUCACCUUGACAGUAAUCAGCAUAAGGCGGUUUGUGGCCAUUAUGUUCCCCCUACACGCGCGCACCUCACCGGACAGGGCCAUCUGGGUGAUCGCCGCUGUCUGGAUCGCCUCUGCUCUCCUGUCUAGCCCGAUGUUGUUCUACCGGGAGCUAUACGGUAUUGAGUGGUCAAACUUCACCACAUGGCACUGUGAUGAAUUCUUUCCGACUGAGAGGAAGAUGAUGAACGGCGUGUGUGUGGUGACGUAUGACUCCAAGAAGCUGUUUUACAUCAUCUUCACUAUCACCUGCUACUUCCUACCUGUCACCAUCAUGCUCGUUAAUUACAGUCUGAUAGUGUGGAAGCUGUGGGGGGCGCAGCAGCCAGGGGAACACCACCAGCAGCAGGAGGCAACCACACGCAACACCCAACGAGUGGUGAGGAUGGUGACCGUGGUGUUGCUGGUGUUCGUCGUGUGUUGGACUCCUCUACAGACUCUCAUCCUUUACACCAGCGUCGGGGAGAAAUAUGAGUUCAUGAAUAUGUCUGACAUCGAGUUCACAGCUUACUUCGUGGCUCACUCCAACUCCGCCCUGAACCCGAUCAUUUACUGCGGCUUCAAUGCAAACUUCAGGCAGGGACUUGUGGCGCUCCUCUACUGCAGGCACUCCCGCGGCGGCCGUGUCCACUACCCUCGGUCAUGGCGGGGCCUGACGGGGACCCGGGACACCACCUCCGGGUACUCUGGUCCAGAACCCGCGGUACUGGUGGAAAUGGGCUCCGUGCGGCAUACCAGGCUUACACAGAGGGGGUCCACGUCGUCCGUCGGGGGGCGCCUGGUAUACACAGGACCACGGCGAGAGUUAUGUCACGACCACCACCAUUACCACCACCACCACCUCUGCCACGGCAUGAACAACGACGCUACGACGCAACACAACACUGGUGGCAGCGGUGGGAUGAGUACCAGCAGGAACAGUGGCGGUGGUGACGGUGGCGCCCUACAGGAGGUAACCCUGGCGCAGAGAACCUUCGUCAGGGCCUCCUACAGACAGAACGGCAGAGUAAACAACCAUAACCACGUGACACCCUCCACUUCCUUCGACAGUGGUGGAGGAAGAGGAAGAGGGAGAGAUGAAGACGAGGAGGAAACAUGUGGGUGCUGCUGCAGGAGGAAAAGAAGCAGAUACAGAUGGAGGAGGAAAGAUUUUGGGAGAAGAUGGGGAGGUGGAAGAAUAGGAGGAUGGGGGAGAAGGAGAGGAAGAUGGGAGGUUGGGAGAGGAGAAAGAGAAGAGGGGAGGAAAGUCAGAAGAUGGGGGAGGAAAGGAGAGCAGAGUGGAACGAAUGGACUGAAACCAGACCAUCCACUGUACAAAGAGAUCUAUACUUUAAACACUGCACUCAACGAUGCCAUAUUUGUCAAGAGAUUCGAGCAAGUCGUGUAAAAGAGAGAGAGAGAGAGAGAGAGAGAGAGAGAGAGAGAGAGAGAGAGAGAGAGAGAGAGAGAGAGAGAGAGAGAGAAUGA